ACAUAAGGAUCAGUUUAGUAAUUUUAAUCAAAUCCACCCCUCAAAAACCCAAACCCGUCUUCUUCCUCCGCGAUUAGAAACGUUUGCCCUAGUCUUGUUUUAUUCUCCCCUCUGUUCAAGUUCAUCAGUGUUACGCAAAAUGGAGGGAAAAAAGACGAAAGAUUCUGAAUCUAUCAAUUCAAAUCGGAGGGGUAACAGUAGCCAGAAGAGGGAAAGGGGCUUGCAGAUUGAAGGAUACUCCCUUGAAGGGAUAUCAAUAGCAGGUCAUGAGACGUGCAUAAUAGUUCCCACGCUUAACUUAGCCUUUGACAUUGGCAAGUGUCCUCAGCGUGCCAUCUCCCAGCAGUUCCUUUUCAUCUCUCAUGGCCACAUGGACCACAUAGGAGGACUACCUAUGUAUGUUGCGACUCGUUCCCUUUACAGAAUGAAACCUCCCACUGUUAUUGUACCAAAAGUAAUCAAAGAAAGUGUAGAGAAGCUUUUUGAAGCUCACCGAGCUAUGGAUCACUCAGAAUUGAACCAUACUUUGAUUGGUUUGGAUGUGGGAGAAGAAUUCUACUUGAGGAAGGAUCUUAAAGUUAGAGCAUUUAAGACUUAUCAUGUCAUACCUAGCCAGGGUUAUAUAGUAUAUUCAGUGAAGCAGAAGCUUAAGCAAGAAUAUGUUGGCCUUACAGGAGAAGAGAUUAAGAAGUUAAAGUUAUCAGGUGUGGAGAUCACAUACACUACAACUGCACCUGAAAUUGCAUUUACAGGAGAUACAAUGUCAGACUUUAUUAAGGAUCCCAAAAAUGUUGAUGUUUUGAGGGCAAAAAUCCUCAUAAUGGAGAGCACUUACGUGGAGGACAAAAUGACAGGUGAUAAUGCAAGAGAAUAUGGACAUACUCAUCUGUCUGAGAUUAUCAAUUUCGCAGACAUGUUUCAGAAUAAAGCAAUCCUUUUAAUCCACUUUUCGGCCCGCUAUCAGUUGGAUGUUAUUCAGGAGGCUAUUUCUGCAAUACCUCCGCCUUUGGCAGGCAGAGUUUUUGCGCUUACAGAAGGCUUUUGAUGCAAGGCCAAAUCUACGUAUGAGCUUCUUCGGACAUUUCCAUUUUCUCUCCCCUAUGAUUUGGCUUAUUUCACUAAUGAUGAAGGAAAAGUGUUGCCAUGGAAGCUAGCUAAUUGUAGUUAAAAUUAAGCCAGAUCCAGUUCAAUCUGAUUUACAAUGGUCCUUCGGGGACAUCUGAUAGAUUUUUGGGGAAAUCUGAUUUGUAUUUAAUCUUUAUUUGGAAUAAUCUGUUUUGUAUUUAACCAAAAUAGCAAUGAAUCUGAUGACUCAGUUGGAAACUAUAAUCUUGAUGGCUAAGCCUCAACACCUCAUCUAUUUUAUAUUUUUGAAAGAGAAAGAAGAAUGGUGUAUAAUUAAUAUUACAUCCUUAAUGUAUUAAUUUUCUUUUUC